AUGACGGUUAUACUAACGCCGUACAGGUCUGAUUUAGAAGAGGAGCAAGUUGCUGCAAUUAGCGAGCUUGUUGCCAAAGAUUUGAGUGAGCCGUACUCUGUAUAUGUCUAUCUCUACUUUUUGAAAGAGUGGCCGGGUCUCUCGUUUGUCGCAAUGGAUGGAGACAAGAUCAUUGGCACCAUUGUGUGCAGUUUGAGGUCCCAUCACGAACGACGUCUUCGCGGCUAUAUUGCCAUGCUAACUGUGCACGAGGAUUAUAGAGGUCACGGAUACGCAAAGCAACUGAUCAAGGCCGCAGUAGAGAACCUUGCGGCGAAAGGGGCCGACGAAGUGACACUGGAGACUGAAGUCACAAACUUUGCUGCUCUUAAUUUGUACCAGAACAUGGGAUUUAUCCGGGCCAAACGAUACCAUCGCUAUUAUUUAAAUACCAGUGAUGCCUUUAGGCUCAUUCUGCCGUUAACGAAGAAAAGCACCAUUCCAUUGGCAUUCCUAGAACCAUCAAUUGAAACCAGUUUCAUGGAUAAACUCAAAAACGCAUCGAUCGCCUGA